AUGGACCAACGCCUUGCCGAGGAGGAUUCUGUGUGGGACGACGACGUGGCUGAGGAAGGAACAGUAAUAGUAGGAAUUGGAGACGAAGCAACGCCAGCUGACCAUGAUACGGUGUCAUGCGAACGAGGAGGUCAACGUUCCGCUAUCGAGGUAUUUUGCAAUGAGCUUUUCGGAGUGGAUUCUGCUUUCGAUUUCGCCACUCCGCACGGAGCACGAGAAGGGAGCAUGGCUGUCAGUCGCCAGAGAGGUGCCAAGAAUCCAACGCUCAUGCCGGGUUUUGCAGGGUUCACAAGUGUCUACCCGCGUCUCCGGCAGGCGUUGGUACAAGGAUGGCGACGGGCCGCCACCACAGGAGAACGGGUGGAGAGUGCGUGUCAGGAGAAGCAAGGUGACGCGAGCUCUCGUCAGGCCGACAGCGGCCAGAUGAGCGAUGAUCCUCCGCAAGCUGUUGGGAAUCCCGUCCCACCGACCCCCUCCGAGGUUCUUACGGCGAGCUCUGUUCGAAUGAUGCUGAGUAUGGCCUCGGCAUUGAGGACGACCAAUCCGGAAGCGCUACAGGUCAUAUGCAGCACGCUGUUUGAUUUGCUGCUGGAGACACCGCCGCUCGUGCUAGCACCGCUCCGUCAAUCGCCGUCGUCCGUCGAGGCAACCACCUUCCGGAAGGUCGGCGAAUUUUGUGCGGAGCUACUUGGGUCAGCAAAUCACGCGGAACACCAACCGGCGCUUCGGCUGUACUUAGCUCUGGCUGUCAGCAAAGGCGAGGUCAGCGGCUUGCUGGAAGUCGUGAACUGUUUCUUGGACCGGGCACGUCUUGACGCGAAGGAUGGUGGGACACCAGCACUGUUGCAUUUUCCUGGUGGUGCACCGCCUUCGUCUACCGUUGCUGCUAAUGACACUGCGAAGCCUGAGCGAGGCCAGUGCAGAGACCGAGACGCGGGGGUUUCGGCUGUGCUUGAGAGACUAGCGAACCAACGUGUACAUGUUGACCCGCCGUUCCCCAGUUCCCGUGACGAUGGGCCGUUUGGGUGGAAAGAGGUGCUACGGAACCUGGUGGACGACUCUGAACGUGCUCUGAAGGGUAGUGCAUCACGGUACUGCAUUCCUCCUCUGCGCGAGACUGCGGUAUUUGUGCUUGCACAUCUCGAUCGACUGGGUGCCCACUACUACUUGGGCUGUAAGGGCGAACGGGCACAAGCAGGGGAGGUGGGGUCCCCCAUCCCAUCUCUUCAGAAGCGAGGCUUGGACGUCCCCUUCUGCUUCGACCUGGCCCCGGAAACGUUCAGACAUCUGGUUGAUCUCGUGGAGAGAUCUUCAGGGUCUAUUGAAAAGGCUGUCCAUGGAGAGGACGACGACAGGGAGGAAAAUACCAUAGCAGUGUCAGACGGAUAUCUGGAAUUGUACGUGUUGUCUGCAUCCCUCCGCCUUCUGAACGUCAACAUUGGAACUCUCCUCGGCAGUGGAUUAGGAGUCGAGGAAUUCGGGGGCGAGGGUUUGCGAAGAUCUCUCCUUCGGUGCUUGCUAGGUCUUGUCAGGCAUUGCAAACCCCGUUGGACUCGGGCCGACUUCUCGUCCAGACCGAAAAGCAUACCCCAUACUGCCGGCCAGGUAGGGCGAGGAAAAGUGGCCGAGGAAGCUCUGCGACUCUUGGUGGACGGAAUGGAUCUGUUUUACCCGUCACAGGGACUCCAGGCCAGCUUGCUCUCUUCGUAUCUGCGUGCGUUUGGGACCAGUAGCGAGUCUCAUUCGACGGCAUCGCAUGCGCUGGUGCUAGAGCUGCUGUGUCGUACGUCUGCUCCAGAAUGGCUCCGAAGCUUUCUACCUGAGCGGAGGCAUCCAACACCACCCUCUGGAACGUCAGCGUGCGGAGAACUCUUGUUGGGACCCGGGCUCGAGUCUUGCGAGGAAUCCCCGCGCAGUCAUGAAACCCUCGACAGCUUUGCCAAGGUCCUUCUGGAGUCGUCAAGCGCGCACGCCGUCAAAGAAGUGCGGCAUGCGGCCGGGAUGAUGUCUGUGGGAUGCGACUCUGCACCCGGAGCGGAGAGGGUGUUGAUGAGCGACAAGUUGAGAGAAUCUUCGAAGGAAGUGGGGCAGGCUGUCCUGCGAGCUUUGGACGCUGUGCUGAAUCUACGGUGCGUCGACGCGUUCCAAGCGACCAAGGAAGGGCGUGUGGAAGACGUCGACUCAACCGCGGACAUCCGAAAGUUCUUGUUGCUGGUGCUACAGGCAUCCAGCAACGUCCUUGCCGCCGCCAUCGAGGCGCGGUGUUGCGCGACGGCAGCCGAUGUGUUCGAGAGGGUGGUUGAAGCGGUUUGCAAUGGGUUGGUGGGGACCCUGCUACCAUCUUGUCUUGCGUCCGCUCUUGCUCUUCCAGUUGAUGCCACGGAUCUCCUUCGCGAGCCACUGCAACAGCAUCUCGUGCAGUUGACCCGCAAGUUGAGACUCUUGACAAUUGCAGGGUGUGCUCCACAUGGUUCGGCGCAGAGGUCUCCAAGCGUGCGGUUGAAAGACGAAAUUAGAACAUUGCAAGCGGACUUUGGGGUGGAAGCUUUGGGGCAGGAGUCACUAGGCAGCGAGAGCGGCGUGGGAGCUACGACCGAGCAUCGACCCACGAAGGCAAGCCUAGCUUCUCAAGGGAGGGAAAAAGGGAACGGGGUGAUGUGGGGCUGCAUUUUGAGCCCUGUUCGGCGGGGGGUGGCGUAUUCGUAA